CCGAGCGGCAGGCCUCAUCCGCGCCGGCGGCUGGUCCAUGCGGGUUCAACGUCGUCGCGCGGGAGGACGACGUCGACGGCGACGACGAAGAGCGACGACGAUCAGAGAGGUGUACGAUGACGAUCGUCCGGAUUAACAUUGCUAGUUAAUCGGGGGAAAAAAGGAAAAAAAAAAACAAACAAACGCGACUCGGAUCAACCCUGAUUGCUGGCCCAUCGAAUGCUGCCGACGCGCGCGUCUCGGCCGGAGGAUGCUGCGCCUGAGACAGGGUACUCGCGGGUCGCGCGUCGCGACGCUCGUCGUCCAGGCGAAAGCUCCACGUGAGCGCGGCUGUCAUCGGGGACGCGUGCAGGUCGCACCUCGGCCGCGUGAAAACGGGACAUCGUCUGUGAGCAUUUAGACCUUGAUUACCGUGGAUUACCGUCGAGGAUUUACGAUCAAUACGCGCAUAGCAUCUGACGAUACACCGCUGAUACAUCGUACCAACCGCGUCUUCUACGCUUGGGAAGCUUCCGCGCCGUUCAGAGUUGAUAGUUCUAAUAAAAUCGUGCCAUUACAGUGGUGAAUGAUUAAUCUCCUCGCUGGGUGUUAAUCGUGGUGUAAUUUCUCUAUCGGAACGCAAAUGUUCAUGUAAGAAUUAAAAAUUGCUUAUACAGUGAAGCAUACGGAACAUGUGUAUGGUUUUACGGUGAAAGUCUUAAGUGUGUCCACACUCUUCCGAGGAGGCACUCGAUCGAUUUGGCAAGAAAACUCAAUUCUGUUUUCAUUGCGAAUGAUAUGACACAGUGAAGACACUGCACGGACGUGUGCGGACCCGGGAAUAUAUGUAAAAAUCGAUGAUUAUACGUCGUGCUUCACGAUAGCGAGUACAAGCAAGGAUCGGUAGUGCAGCGAGCGAUCGAGGUGUUAAAAAUGCUGUGUCGCUGGCUCGCCGUGCUGGUACUCGCUGGUAUUCUCCUGGUUAUCGAGGCGAUCGCGGUCAGCCAAGGUACGUUCACUCGCGAUCAGAGAGUUUUGAGCGGUAGUCUUGUUCAGGGGAGUCGCAACGUCAGCGGCGUGCCGGCUUUCGAAACAAAUGUGCCACGGAAUGUCACUACCGCAGUCGGUCAGACCGCCUUUCUUCACUGCAGAGUUGAUCAGCUGGGCGACAAAGAGGUGUCCUGGAUGCGCAAACGGGACAUGCAUAUCCUGAGUGCGGGCAUCUUCAUGUAUACGUCGGACCUGAGGUUCCAGGUGAUCCAUCCGGACAAGUCGGAGAACUGGACGCUGCAAAUCAAGUCGCCGCAGCAGCGCGAUUCUGGCGUAUACGAGUGCCAGGUCAGCACCGAGCCGAAGAUGUCGCUCAACUAUAGCCUCAACGUGGUUGAAGCGCGAGCCAGAAUACUCGGCCAGGCUGACAUCUACGUGAAGACCGGAAGUCUUUUGACGUUGACGUGUCUCAUGUCGCAAGGUCCCCACGAUCUGGGAACGGUAGCUUGGUAUCGAGGAAGUCAGGCGGUGGUGACAUCAUCGCCAUCAGAAAACGACAUCGAAACGGAGCCUCGUAUAACCGUCGAGACGGAAUGGAGUGACGCCCUCACGUCGAAAUUGAGGAUCACGCAUGCGAAGCUCUCUGACUCCGGAAACUACAGUUGCGUUCCUACCGUGGCGGAGGGAGCAAGUGUCAACGUACACGUGAUCAAUGGUGAGCAUCCGGCUGCGAUGCAGCAUGGAAACACGGCAGCCGGAUCGCCCAACUCGAAAACGGUCCUGGUGAUGCUUGCCUUCCUUCUAGGCCAGCUGAGAUAAUGUGCGUGUGCACGAAGGUCGCCCGAGACUCGUAAAAUUGAUGGACGUAUCGCAACAUGGUCGCCCACACGUCCUAAACGUUAACCCUUCCGCACAGAUCAAUCUGAAUUAGGUCUUAAUUAGUUUCAUCGUAGCGGCCGAAAGAUUAAAUGAUUUGCAACAUUAUAUAAUAGUCAUAAUGGUACAAUUACAAAGCAAGAAUUUACAAGUUAAUGAGAGGUUAUUUAUAAAAGUUUUUGAUUAAUACCCUCCCCAGCUGUGCGAAUUUUAUGGCUUUUAGGAUUAAUUGAUUUUUUGAAAAAAAUAAUAUUUCAUAAUCACUGCAAUGUCAUAUACUAUUCUCCAUUAUUGACACGAUUGUUUUCCACCGCGUUUAUCAUUUUAUUUUAUCGGAAUAAGUUUUUUGAAUUCGUCGAAAUCGCGCAUAAAAUGGUAGAAAUGCAGCGAUUGUAAAUCAUAAUUUUUUUGUUUCCAACUCCAAUUUCCAUUUAUCUCGAGACGGGAAUUUUAAUCUAAAAAUAUAAGCGCCGUUAUGUUAUUUUAAUUGCGUGUCGUAAUUUAAAUACUCUCGUUGUGUAGCGGUUAUCUCGCUUCUCUUAAUCUAACGCGAAAAUCCCCAUCCCGUUUAUCUUAAACUUAACUGUGGGUUUGGCCGCUGGGGUGAGAAAUACAAAGAUAAUCUCUAAGAGACAGCUCUUACGUAAUAAAAGGGAAAGCUUUGUGCCUAAGGGUUAAGCGGAGUGUGAGGCAGUCGUAUUACACGGUGUCUUAGAAGCAUGAAUUCCACGACGAAUUUCUGAGUCGACUUUUCCCAGCCGCGAAAGAAUGAAUCCAGAAAGAAUGGUCUUUUCAUACAUUUGUUAUAAUAAUACAGCGACAGUAUUUACAGGUGAGCUGUACACGUAUAAAAUGUUAAAUAGCUGCGUAAUGAUAAACCAGCGAAUCGUAUCUCCAUCUC